UAUUGUUGUACUUUGUAGCUAACCUCAUAGAUAGAAUAAUCAGUCAAACUGUAGCCUCUAAGUUAAAUCUAGUUAAAUCUUACCUUUAGUUAGUUUAAUAUAGACAUAGGUUAGUUACUGUACUAGUCUUAGGCCUAUAGUUUAGUGGAUAGAUACAGCCUAGAGUAACCUGUACUUAUAUAUCAUGGAAAUGCAAGGAGAAGGAUCCGCCAUUGAACCUGGUAAGAUAUUUGUGGGCGGUUUGAGUUGGUCUACCACUGAAGACACUUUCAAGAAACACUUUGAAGCUUAUGGGGAGAUACAGGAUACAAAGAUAAUGAUGAAUCCAGCGGGAAACCCUCGAGGCUUUGGGUUUGUGACUUUUAAAGAUCCAGCCUCAGUCACAAAAGUAUUGCAGGAGAAACACUACAUUGAUGAUAAACUGGUUGAUCCCAAGCCAGCAACAUUAAAGCCUCCUAAUAGUUCUACAUCAGCUAACAAUAAGGUCUUUUUAGGAGGUCUGCCAGGACACUGUACACCUGAUCAAGUUAAACUAGCUCUGAAACCAUAUGGAAAUGUUACGAGUAUUGAUAUCAAGACAGACAACAAUGCGCCUAAUUCUUUACCAGGAGAAAAUAAGAAGAACCGAGGGUUUGCUUUUGUUGAUUUUGAAAAUGAGAAAGAGGCACAGGCUCUCUGUCAUGCUCAUUACAUAACGAUUGACUCAAGACAAGUUGAAGCUAAAAAAGCUGAACCGAGACACAAAAAGGGAGGGACUGGACCAGCUGGAGGAACAGCUAAAGAUGGCACGGGAGGCUAUCAACAGUCUGGUCCUUAUUAUGGAGGUGUUGGACGUGGUAUGGCAGGUGCAGCUGCCACUGGUAAUCCGUAUUACCCUUACUAUCCCCAAUAUCCUUUUUCACAGUAUUCACAGUAUGAGUAUUAUGGAAGAGGAAACUAUGGUGGUCAGCAGCAGUUAGCAGCUGCUGCCUAUCAUGACGCCAGUAGUGGUGCUUUCUCUCAAGCCAGAGCAGGUGGCUAUGGAUCCAGCACUGAACACUUCAAUGGAGGAGCUGGAUUCACUAGUUAUGAUCAGUCUCACAUAACUGCAGCUGCUACUGGUUAUUACGAUCAGUCAGGGACCGGAGGGAUAUCCUAUAGUAGUCACACCCCCGGGGCCACAGCCCAGCAGAGAGGCAGCUACUCCUAUGGGAGGAGUUAAGCUGUGGUCGUCAUUGAUUGACACUCAGUGAACUUGUUUUCUGGUUUCAUGGCUUCUUUCUUUCUUGCAUUUUCCAUUAUGCAUUUUUAAUUAAAGAAAAAUUGUAUUUGUCAUCAUCAUAAUGAAA